CGCUCCAGACGCCGAAUGUCUCAGUGUAAACGGGGCAUUAGGCAAUUUCUCACUGACCGACAAUCAUACAUUCGGAUUGAGGACAGCGAACACGGCCCAUACCAAUUAGGCACGCGAGGGACCCCGCAGGGAGCGGUCCUCUCACCCCUCCUAUUCAAUUUGGCGAUGAUGAGACUUCCCGCUCAGCUGGCGAGGGUCGACGGCAUCCAGCACGCGCUGUAUGCCGACGACAUCACCAUCUGGGCUAAACACGGCUCGGUAGGAGAAAUGGAGGCCAACCUGCAGCAAGCGGCGGACAUCGUAGACAACUAUGCCCGUCGCUGCGGCCUUCAGUGCUCCCCGUCCAAAUCUGAAUUUGUGCACAUACGCCCCUCACCAAAGUGCACUACCAAAAUCGACCUCUCCCUUAACAGUGGACCCAUACCCGAACACGACGAGAUCCGAGUACUGGGGCUCUUUAUUCACAAAAAUCGAAAAGCUGACACAACAUUGGCCAAAUUGCGUAAGGUGGGGGACCAGGUGGGCCGGAUGGUCCGCCGGGUUUCGAACAAGCGCGGGGGGUUACGAUGCAAAGACGCCUUGCGGCUGGCGCAUGCAUUUGUAACCAGUCGAGUCCUUUACUCGGCUCCAUACCUCCACCUACGCAAAGUUGACGAGAAUGCACUCGAAGUCAUUCUCCGUAAAAUCUACAAGCGUGCCCUCGACCUCCCGGUCAGCACCUCCAACCUGCGCCUCCUGGGCCUGGGGAUGGUGAACACCUUUAAGGAGCUGCGAGAGGCACACUUGAUGAACCAAUACACGAGACUCUCUAAAACGCCGUCGGGUCGCCGCCUCCUUGCCCGACUGCACAUCCAUCAUUCAAUACAUACGGAGGAGCACGUACAUAUCCCAUCACAGUGGAGGUAUGCCCUGCACGUGCGCCCUCUUCCGGUCAACAUGACACGAGAGGACCAUAGCGGCAGACGCCUCGCGCGGGCGGAAGCCUUGGCUCGCCACUACGGACACAAACACGGAGUCUUUUACGUGGACGCCUCCGGCCCGUACCAUGGGGGUUGGUACACGGCCGCAGUCGUCCACCAAAACACAGCAGUAAAUGGACUCACUUUCCGUGCACACAACAUUACACACGCGGAGGUGGUUGCCAUCGCGCUAGCCGCCGCAGAUCAACACUCAAGGGUCAUCAUCACUGACUCGAGGGGUGCCUGCCGCAAUAUUGAGCAGGGGCACAUACCGUACCUUGCCUACAAAAUUUUGCAAAACAGCGACUAUCUCGGUGCCCCCUCGCACCGUACGAUUAUCUGGACUCCCGCUCACACGGGCCUCGAAGGAAACGAAACGGCCGAUGCCGUCGCCCGCGCGCUCACUUUCCGGGCAUCACCUUCGUCCCCCACCGAUCCGGACCCCGAACCCAAUCCCGCCUAUACUUUCAAAGAGAUCGUUCAGCUCUACCAAUCUGACCAUGCCAUCUAUCCCAAGCCCUGUAAGGGCCUCACAAAGGCGGAGGAGCGCAUUCUCCUUCGCCUUUAUACCAAAACUCUGCUGUGCCCGGCAGCCUUAAAAUACUUUGACCCCGCUUGCACGGGGGAGUGCCAGCACUGUGGGGAAAAGUCCUCAGACAUUUUCCACAUGGUAUGGGCAUGUCAAAAAACCCCAAAUCUCACCCCCCUACCCAACCCUUCCCGGGAGGACUGGGAGGCAGCCCUGCUCGGCUGCUCUGACCUGACGGCCCAACGGGCCUUGGUCGAGCGGGCCCGGGCGGCGGCCGACGCCAAUGGGCUCCCGUAAGGGGGAGCCCACCUAGU